GCGUGUGAUGGGUUGUGUAGCGCGCGGACCGGCGCGUUUUUGAAUUUCGUCCCACCGGCGCGCAUAUGUAUCGCCAACCGUCAAAGACACUUUUGACAAUGACUGGGCCCAUUACGCCGUCGCUGUCUCCCCCACAGUCCCCUUCGUUCUUUUCUGCACAAUGGCGAACUCCAGGUUCGGUGCCACUGCAAAAGCGCCGCCGUCUGUCUACACCGGGACGGGCUACUUCGUCUUCAGUGCAAGACCAGCCUAUCGGUUUUGACCAGGCAAAGGCCGAGUCUGAGAAGCGCCUGCUGGACGCAUGGGAUCGGCUUGCAGAACGCUACUCUCGGAGAAUCGACGAAGACGACAUUGUGGACCUCGUCACAGGCGAUGUGAUCAAAGAUAGAGGGGUCCUAAGAUCCAUGGAACGGUGGGAAGUUGGACGAUUCGCCGAUGAAGAUGGGGAAAACGAUGAUAGGAUGGCUGGAGAGGAAGAGGACGUCCUUGAGGAAGAGAGCACAGACGAGCUGGAUUGUCUUGGUGAUUCUGUUGAAGAGGCUGAUCUUUCACUUCUGGGGCGAUCUGUGGUACCUUCCCAAGCUAUCGAUCCUGAUGAUCCUGAUGAUGCAGAGCUUUUAAGGGAAUUUUCAGAGGCAGAGAGGCGUCGGAAGGAGACAUGCGGCAGCGAGGAAGAGGAUGUGCAUACGACUGACGAAGCAGACCACCGUACGGACGGUGAUGAUGAGACGGAAGGCGAAAUACGGGUUCUGGAGAGCGUGCCACAUAUACCGAAUCAAGAUCACGCCUCGGACUCUGACGAUGAUUUCUGUCCAUGGGGCGAAGAUGUCGUUUUGCAAGUAGAAAUGACAGAAAUCAAGGAUGUCGAGCCCGAUGUCGUCCCUGUACUUCCAUCUUCUACCCCUACUGCCCCACCUUCUCCAAGUAAACCCUAUAAGGCUUUGCGCAAAUCUAUGUCUCCUGCAAAACCAACCAAAAAACUGCCUCCUCCUCCUCAGCUUCAAACACCUCCUCGAUCGUCUUCGUCUGUUCCACCUGCUGAGGUCGAGGACGUUAAAAUCCCAUCUCCGUCCCAUUCAUUUACACCGGCGCUUCCUGAGCCCAAACGGCCCGUUUCGCGUCCAAGAACGCGUUCGAGUGGACCCGUACCUAGAUCACUCAAAUCCUGGACCCCUUUCCGCGUCCAAGACUCCGAGACGCCACCUCCUCGUUUAGACUUAUCUAAGAUGAGUGGAGGAAGCAAGCGCCCUUCCGCGAUAAAGGCAUCGAAGAAGGCAAAGUUACAGGCGGGGGUCGCAGAAAUUCACCAACUGCAACCUGCAGUGCCGAAGAGACCUCUUAAAGCAGAGGUUGUCAUUGUCAAGCGGUCACGGUCACAAUCUCGGGCGAGGGAAGUUCAAGUAGAGAGAGAGAAAAGGACAGAAAGGGAGAAACAAAUACCCCAAGGAAAGGGGAAAUCAGUGUCAACUCCAGAGAACGUCGAGGAAAAGAAGGCGCCUCAACGAAGCAAGGUUCAUAAUUUGGACCUCAGUUACGAUAGCGAUGAUUCUGAUGUAGAGAGUGAUACAUCUCUUCCAAGCUCUCCGUUGAAGAGCAAGGGUAAGGCAGUCACUUUUCCCACAAGCCGAAGGCGAAGUCAAGCUCCCUGGAAGAGGACCGAAGACUUAGUAUCAGUAGACGAAGGUGGAACACGAAAGCGCAAACGGGUUUCAGAUGUACACGUUGAUCCUGGUCCUUCGAAGCCUGACAUUUCCUCGCGAUAUUCUAGACCUGCUACUCCUACUCCGGUCAGUGAUCGUGAAUCGUCUGUGGAAGAAAUCGAGAGGCCUCCUAAGCAAAACAUUACACCGAAGCAACGGUCCAAGACGAAGCGCAAGUCACCUGAAUCAGAAAACGAGAUAUAUUCAUUCAAUCGGGAUUUACCAGAUGCCACACCUCGACGGUCGCAGAGUUAUUUUAACCCUCUGCCUCCGUCUGAACAUUAUUAUCCAUACUCUCCCGCCUACCCGCCAAGGGAACAUGGACAUUACGUGCCUUUGUAUGACCCUCGAGCGCAGUACAUCAUUUCUCAUGCGAUGCAUCAACUCUCUGCUUUGGCCGGCUCUUGGCCAGGGGUUGAGCAUCACCCGCCGCCGCCAGUACCUCCACCAUAUACACCCAGACGUCAUCACGGCUUUUCCAGCUCUGCGUCCAGUUCCAUGUACAAUACGCCCACUCAACGCAUGCAUCCUUACCCUUACGAGUAUGACCCCAAUCUAUCAAGUGGCACUCUACCGCCACCAUCGCCUGAUGUGCAAUCGUCACCGGCCCCCGAGAGAGUACAGGCUUCCAACCGGGCGGGCUCCUUGGUGGCAAGAAGUCGGUCAAGAGGAAGGCGCGUAUCGUUUCGGAUCGAGGAGGAGGCGGACAUAGUAGAGUUGGAUUCUAGACAAGUGUCAUCAUCACCGAGUGUGCGCAAGCGGAAAGACGAGUGUCACUCUGUCAGGCAGGACAAGGGGAAAGGGAAAGAGAUCCUUCAAUUCGAGGAGGUGAUUGAUGAUUCAGAGUCUGAACCGGAGCCCAUAGAAGAGCCGAUUAAAAGGGGGCGUUCAGUAGGGAGAGCGCAGACGCCCGCACCGCAAAGGCCUUCCACAAUCCCCUCCGAACCUUUCAGGAGGGGAAGAAGUCUUUCCGCAAGGCCCAUAGACUCUAGGUCAAAGUCCAAGAGGAUUCGUUAAUUUAUUAUUGUUAUAUCUGAUUGUAUUUUGUACUUUAGUAGCUUAUCAGUGGGUCUAAGUAUUUCAGCGCGGACAUCUUUUUUUCUAGCUGGUACCGAGUUUCUGAAGUUUGACAAAUCAGGAAUUUGCCGGAAUCCGGAUCGACAGCU